UGGUGAAAGAUGGGUGUUAAACUGUGAUGAAAAGCAAAUUCGUUAUCUCUAAUCUGGGUUGAUUGUUAAUAAAAUAUCAAUAUCAGUGUGUUUCCUUAAGUGGCAUUGAAUCAUUUAUAAUAAUUGUGUAACACAUUCAUCAAUGUUGAAAUGAAGAAAAAAUUCGUCAUGUAUGACGACUCUCAGAAAUUAUAUGUUAGACUCACGCAGUUCGCCCCGCACGGGUUCUGCAUUCUGUCGGACUAAUGACCAAUGGCUUUAUUUGAGAAACGAUACACAAAUAAAGUGCUACUAGAUGAUACAGAAAAGUUGACAAGCGUCAUUGAAAAUGCAAAAACAAUUGACGGACACACGGAGUACGUGAUUAGAACACAAAGAGGUCCACUUCCAGAAAAAUCUUGGAGAGUUAGUAGACGCUACAAUGACUUUAUACAGCUCAAUGCAACUUUAUCAAUAUCAGGUAUUGACCUGGCACUUCCUCCAAAAAAAAUUAUUGGUAAUAUGGAACCAGACUUCAUAGCUCAACGUCAAGUAGCCCUACAGAAUUACCUAAACAAUAUACUAAUGAAUCCUAUAUUGGCAUCGUCACUUCCUAUGAAAAAAUUCUUAGAUCCAGAUAAUUAUACAGCACCAUUACAUGAAAUAGCUCUGCAACAAGUAUCACUAGCUUUACGCAGUGAUGCAAAUUUUGAAGUUUCUAAGGCCAUUCCUGACAUGGGAUGGCGAUUAAGAAAGCAUUAUUAUACUGUAAAAAAUCGUCAAAAUCCUAAACAAGAGUUACUACUUGCAUGGGUGGAAUUUGGUCCAGACAAACACUUGCAAGACAAAGAUAUGCAAGGUGUUUUCAAAAGUUUAGGAACAUUGAAGCAUAAUUAUAUCGAAUCAAUUGUCUGUCAACAUGUGACAGAAAAUGGAGCAUUAAUGAUAAGAAAUUUUUAUCCCACGGGUACAUUACGUGACAUUUUGUGUGUGACUAAACCCAAACAACCAUUUAUAAAAAAGUAUGGAAAUCCAAAACAAACCAAAUCAUUAACAGUGCCUGAAAUUGCUAUGUAUGGUUACCAGAUUCUAGAAGCUUUAAGAUUUCUUCAUGAAAAGGGUUUACCAUACGGACAUUUACAUACAGGAAAUAUUCUUUUAACUCAGAGAUGUGCAAAAUUGUUAGAUAUAGAAAAUGGCCUUCUAGGCUUACCGGCAUUUUAUCGUCCUUAUGUUGUACAACGUCGUAAACUUCAUGCUACGACUCAAGUAGACGUUUAUUCGUUUGGACAUGUAUUAUAUGAAAUGGCAUUUGGAAGACCGCUGUUAGAAGCAACAUGUGCAGAAUUACCAUAUUGCGAAGCAACUCUAAAAUGUUUGUUGGAAGUGAUACUCUCACCAGAAGCCCUAAAACAAGAUCUACCUACGGUAUCGCAUUUAUCAGAACACCCGUUCUUUGAAUCAGCAAAACACGCUGCAUUAGCUGCUGGAUCUAUUGAAAGACCAUACUUCAAAUUGAAUAGUCAUUUGAAAGAAGCCCUUCACGAAGCAGUAAACAAAGCAGAACAAAGGUUAAAAGACGAACAAAAGGUAGCGCGUCAUCAGAAAAGACUUGUCAAAGUACAGGAAAUGAUGAGUUCGGAAGAAGAGAUGAAAAAACGAAAACAGAAACUAAAGGAGCAAAAAUUAGCACAAGAACAACGUUCUGCGAAUCAAUUAAGUGCUAACGGAAUGAAACACGUAAAUGGCAAGAGCCCAGAACGCUCGGACAGUCCCACAAGUACUUCUACGGUAACAAGCGUUGGGACCUUAACACCACCAUCGCUGCGUUCUAUAGAUGUGCCGCAAGAUGAUGGAGUUCCUGCUAAGAGUAUUAUACCACCACCUCCGUCACAGUUACCGCCACCUGUUGAUGUGGCAAAUAGUGGUUCAAGAUUGACCAACGAACGAGCUGCUCUGCUUGGAAGUAUUUGUAAUUUUAAUAAAACUAGUCUUCGUAACGUUGCCAAUGGAUAUUAUUGAGGGCGAUAAAGUUAGAUAAUUUCAAGAAAAUAGUGCUGGACGAUUGUAUUGAUUUAUAAAGAGAAAGGAAAUGUAUGACCAGAAUCUAUACCAAAAGGAUGCUAUUUUUUUUUAUUGAAUCAUGGUGAUAUUUAUAAUUUUACUUC